AUGUGGGCGUUCGAAGCUCGAAGUGCAGCGAUCGCCAAUCACUGCUACACCGUGCCAAUCAACAGAGUUGGAAGAGAGUCAUUCCCGAACGAGUUCACUUCAGGAGAUGCUCGUCCAGCUCACAAAGAAAUUGGAAUGUUCUACGGCAGCGCCUAUGUGGCUGCUCCAGACGGCAGCCGUACUCCAGGGCUUUCGCGAACGAGAGAUGGAGUUCUCAUAGCCGAAAUCGACCUGAACCUCUGUCGACAAACAAAGGAUACUCUUUGCUUCAGGAUGACGCAAAGAAUGGACCUAUACGCGAAAAGUUUUACUGCGGCUGCGGAUCCGAAUUACAAGCCCGAUAUUCAUCGCGAAAAGUAA